AUGGCAGGGAUUUGUGAAACCCUCGACGACUACUACAAACAAUACACACUAACCACAGAGUUUACUACAACCACAGAAGGAAAAGGUCUAAAACGCCACUUAAGUGGGGAGAAAAAACGACAUAUAACCCAAAAUUGUGGUGACUCAAACGACUAUAAUGCAUUUACAACUUUCUCAAAGAAAAAAAAUGUAUUGAAGACAUCAGGAGGAUGUGAUUUAAUCAAGCCUAAAAUACCAUCAGUACCUGAUCAUAAGUGUGAAUCAUUUGAAAAAUAUUUAAUUCAAUUUGGUGUAAAAGUGUGUUAUAAUUUUUUUAAAUAUGUAUUUAGUAUAAAUAAAAAAGAACAAAGAAAUAAAUUUUCAAAAAUAUUGACUAGUUAUCUAAAAAAACGUGUUAAAAAACAUGAAGCAAUCAAGGAACCGAAAGUCAAGGAGAAGGAUGCUUUAAAAUUUAAAAAAAAAAUAAAAUGGUACUAUAGCAUAUUCUGCAAUAAAGUUAUGCCACAUUAUAAUUUAUUUUACAUAUUUUAUACUAAGUAUUCAAAGGCUAAAGAAUCUAAGGGUCAUACAACUACUGCAAGUUGUGAUUAUUUUGAACGCAUACCUGAGAAUAAAAUAAACGGGUAG